UUAGAGCAUCAUUAAAAUGUACAUUUUGCACAACCUAUUACCUACUCAUAUAUGAACAUAACCGUGGUUGACUUCUGCUUAUACUUGUACGAGAUUUACAAAAAUGUUAAAACCCACCUCUCUGAGCAGGAUUUCAAUUACAUGGCUGAGCGGUGCCUUUCUAGCCCAACAAAAGGCAGAUCCGGCUGGUUGGCGUGGUAACAGAGGCGGUAGAGAAGAUCUCUGGAUACACACACACACACACACACAUUCACUACUAAGCCAAACAUCACUACUUGGUGUUAAACAAACCGCCUCACUCUGUACAUCAUGACAACACAUAGCUCGUCUUCCACAUUAGCUGGUGUGUACAUCGCAAAACGCUGACCACUGAAGGUAUCGCCACCAUGUCAGCCGUUACCGAUCAGCCUCUUCCCUUUGGGCAACUGGAGCGAGAGAAGCACAUCCGCAUGAUCUUCAGAGCUUUCCAGAACAAAUGUGACCCCAUGUGUGAGUGCCACCUUCACUCACCAGCAGGACACCAACCUCUCCAAACGUCUGGCAAGCUGCAGAACACGAGGAGCGAGGAGUCGUGGCUUGAUGGCGCAGGAGGGUCCGACUCUUUGAGUGUGCUGGAUGAAGUCAGUGAGUUUCAUAUCACUGCAAGACCACAGCUACAGGGUCCACAGUGUGUUCCACAAAGGAUCUACAGCAUCGCCUCAGGGGGCAACAAGUCACAACUGUUUGUGGCUGUGGAAGGUAGCAUCACACACGUGUCCAUGUCCCCCCAGAACAUCUCAGCUUUUCUUCAUUCCUUCCUUUCAGAGAGUUCAUGCGUGUGCCUUCAGUGUUGCGGUCCAGCUCGAGCUUGCUCCCUGCAGGGUUUUGACAAGCAAGGCAACCAGGUUUUCUACUUUGACAGACCUCUCAGAAUGGACGGCUGCUGUUUCGGUUGCUGCCUUAUGGACAUAAGCGCCUACACGGCUCAAAAGCGACUUAUCGGGACUGUGUGUCAAAGGUGGAGCAUGUUCACCCCCCUGAUGGAAGUCAAAGAUGCUGAGGGAGCGUCUGCAGCCAGAAUUCAGGGGCCGUGCUGCCCAAGCCGCUGCUUGACAAACCAGCAAUUCCAGAUUAUCUCAAACAUUGGGGAGAGAAUUGGCACCAUAUGGAAGAAAUGGCCUGGCUUUCACCAGGAGCAUAAUAUGGACCAUGAAUAUUUCGGGAUGGAGGUGCCGAUAAACGUGGAUUCGCAAACCAAACUGUUGCUACUGGCAGCAACAUUCUUACUGAAUUACAUGUUCUUUGAGAUGAGCUGAAGACAACAAGAAUUGGUAAAAUGAGAUUAUCCAUUAAAAAAAAAGUUAAAAAAAAUACACACACACACACACACACAUAUAUAUAUAUAUAUAUCAAAAAAUAAAAAAAUACUUUCACCCAUUAUCAUGAGGCGGUAUUUAUAUUGAAUUCUGAACAUAUUUUGUGUAUUUACUGUCAGUAAAAUGACUAAAAUGUACAGGUGGAUCUCAAAUUAGAAUAUCACACAAACAUUUCAGUUCAGACUAAGAGACCUUGGGGGUAUUCUGCCAAGUGAGUUUCUUAACCUGGACAGGACCAGGUUAGGUGCAGGCUUUCAGCUUAAAAUCAGCUAUGAACGUGCCACUGUUUCAUUGUUUCUAACUAAUUCGGAGAUGGCGUCACUAUUUAUUUGGCUACGGAGCACUUGAGGGGACAUGGAGAAACAACAAAAAAAUAAAGCUCACACGAGCAUCAGGAAUAUUAAUAAUUAGGCCAACGUUAGCAGACAUACAUGUCACAGCAGUCCUUGCGUGAGCACUAAGCCUGUUCGUCUUCUUAUAUUACAAUAUUUGCUGGAGGAAUAAGCGCCCUGAGGCAUCAAUCAAAUGGACGAAAACACUUGUUUAUUAUAACCAGAAAAAAUGGUAAAAAAACAAAAAAGGUUGCCAGAAAACACUUCAACACUGCCAUCUAUUGGUCACAACGAGAUACAGCAUUUGAAAACAAGAAGACAUAUUUCAAAGGUGAAAAAAAGACAGUUGUUGCUCCAAUUAUUAUUAUUAUUUUUAUUUUAUUAUUAUUAUUAUUAUUAUUUUAAUGGGUAAGUGUUAAAAUGUUAAAGUGGUGGAAUGUUGAGCUUUGAUAUCUAAAAAGACUAGUAGGGCAUCGUUAGUAUAAUAAACCAGUGUUAGCCUGUCAGCGGUCCUCGCUCGCUCUAUUGGCGGCGACAGUGUUGCUUUUAGCAAUCAUAAUCUUUUGGGAACUCCUCAUAACACUCCAUAAUAAUUACUCAUUUUUUGUCAAAUAGACCAGCCGGGAAGGCUACGUUUUUGAGCGGAAGUAGAAUAAUAUGACAUCAAACAGCCCCUUUUUUGUGAACGCACACUGAGACCAAAGCGGAGAACUGGACUUGACAAAGUUAGCUGAUAACCACCGUUGCAGUAUCGUUUAGUUCUGUUUGGGGAACUUAGGUUUUGUUGAGCUGUAUCUUGAGCACAAAGCCUGGGUUGGUUGAGCCGCAGAAUACCCCCCUAGUAAAGUCUCAGGACAUUUUGGCAGUUCAGAACCAGUAAUUUUAAAGUUUUCAAAUGUUAUGAGAUACUGAAUUUGAUACUGAGCUGUAAUCAUAAAAUGAUAAAAUACAUUCUUGAAAUACUUAUAUGUGUAUAUAUGUGUGU